AUACAGAGAAAUUAGAAAAAGAUUCAGGCAACUCAUCUGGGCUAUUGCAAUUGGGAGCGUAAUCAAUCCAUUUAUUUUCCAAUAUGUUUAACUAUGUUUUGUUGUCAAGCACAGUGUCUUCUGAUGGUGAUGUGUGGAAAGGAGAAAGAUAUGGAAUCAUUUGAGACACCACAGUCGGCACAUACACUCGCAGCAUGAACUACUCCGCUGAGCUGUCUCCUUCAGAGGCCCCUGAGGAGUUUGAUGGUGGGACGGCAGUGGUUUGUGUGAUCUUGGGUCUGUCCUUCCUGGUUGGAGCUCCGGGGAACCUGCUGGUGAUCUGGACUAUCCUGAGAAAUGUUAAGCAGCGCUCCCACACUGUGGUGCUCCUCCUGCACCUGGCUGCUGCAGACCUGCUCGUCCUCAUCACCCUGCCUCUGUGGAUCUACUCUCUGGCUCACACCUGGGUGUUUGGAGAACAUUUUUGCAAGGCCGUGGUGUACAUUAUCAAUGUGUGCAUGUUCAGCAGCAUCUUCUUCAUCACCCUCAUGAGCGUGGAGCGCUAUCUAGCCAUCUGUCAUCCAUUUGUGAUGAUGCGCUGGAAGACCAAGAGCAUCAUGAACAGGUGUCUUGUAUUUUUGUGGCUCUUUGCUCUGCUUCUGGGAGUGCCUGCAGUUCUGACCCGGAGUGUGGAUGAAAGUGAUGGAGCUGCAAUGUGUCUUUCCAUGGAGGUCGACUCUUUGACCCUUGCAAUCCUCUCCUUAUGUGUGGAGAUCUUUGGGGGUUUUGUUGUUCCUUUCAUCAUUCUCAUUGUUUGUUACUGUCUUGUUGCUGCACAGCUCAGGAAAAUGAGUUUCAACUCCAAACAGAAAUCCAUGGUUCUUGUCCACACUGUGGUGGUUGCUUUCACAGUAUGUUGGUUGCCUUACCACAUUAUCAACAUUACUGAUCUGGUUUGCAUUCUAGGAUCCGGCACAGAACAUGAAUGUGUCCCGGAAAGUAUUGUCUAUAGCUCUGGUGCCCUUGUUUUCAUCAGCAGUUCGGUAAAUCCUGUGUUAUAUGCCUUCUUUGCGAGGAACUUGCGAGGGAGUUUCAAGGAGUCGAGGCUUGUCAGGCUGUUUCAGGAAAUAGCCACUCACACAAACAAACUCAGGGAGAUGGCAUUACAACAACAGACUGACCAGAGGGCAGCAAAUACAGAUGUAGAGCUGAUGUCGGACUCUCUGUGUGAGAAAAAUGCUGUGAAUCCUUGAAAAUGUUAUAACAGGAAAAUGUGACGCGUCUUUUGCAGCUAAUUAGGAGACAGUGUGUUGUAAUUUAUACCAUUACUAUGUAUUGUAUCCUCCUGUUGUUGUUUCAGAUUUACCCAACACACCCAAACAUAUGAUUGUAAUCUCAUGUUUUGGAGAAUAUUUAUAACUUGUGUUUGUUUACACUUUGUUGUAAAGCUAAAAAUUUAGUACCUUCCACUGUUGUAUAAUGUGGUAAUGAUUAAAAUUAAAGAUGUGUUUGAAAAAUGAAAGCUUGAAAACUGCUCCAAAUUUCACUUGUGAUCAUUAAAUGAGACUAAAUGCCCUAUUUUAAGUUAAGAGUAGAUUUGAUUUCUUUAAAAAAUACUGUACUCUGCACUGUAUUUUUAUAUUGAGUAUGAAUCAAUUAGUGCCACUCAGCCACAUGUGCAUCGUCUUUCAAAAUGCUAUACAUUGAUGGAGCUUUGAGUCACAUAUUUUAAGUUCAUUUCCAGUAUUAAUCUGCAAUUUAGAAAAUAAUUAAAUGAAAAGCAUUAAAUGAGAAAGUGUGUCCAAACUUUUGACUAGUGCAAAUAAAAGCAUCUCCUCCCUCUGGAAUUAAACAAGGACAGUUUCUAGUGCAUAGUUUCUUGUAAUUUAUUCAUUUUACAUCUGUUUUUUUUUUAAUGUGAAUACAUAAUUAUAAAAUGUUAUACAUUAUGCACUUAUGUAUGUUAUGUCCUUUUCUUCACGCCAUUUAGCAUUCAAAAAUAAAAUCCUGUAUGUAAAAAUAAUGUCUUUUUUCUUAUUUUGUUGAUGUCAGUAAAGUGAAACUGUACUGAUUGUGUUA